CCCGGAAGCGGAAGCGCAUAGCACUUCCGCCUCGCAGCAGGCGGCCAUGUUGGAGCGGCGGAGGCGGCGCAGAGGUGCGUCCUGGGUCCCCGUGGCGGCGCCGGUGCCAAGUGCUGGUUUGUGGAUACCCAGGCAGAUUCACAGUGCCUAAUGCCAUGAGCAUGGUAGUGCAGCAUGUGGAGGAGAAAGCUGUGCACUCCUGGUCACGCAUCUCCACGGCAGGGAAGAAAGCCCUGGAAGAGGCGCUGCUUGUGUUUAAUCCCAUGAGCCAGGAUCUCAGUGCCACAGAGGCCCAGCUUGUGGCCUUCCUACAGGGCCUACGAGACGAUGGCUUCCAACCGACCAUUCUGCGAAGUGGUGAUGUCUAUGGCUAUAGUUCAUGCACAGCCAACCCCCCCAGCCAGACAAAGCUACAAGCUCGUGCCACCAACCCAUCCGCCACAGCACUUCCAGCCAAGGGUCCUCAGACUGCUGUGUCGCUUCCUGCAAGCCAGGCCACACUGCUCCCUGUGCCACUGUCUGGCAGGCUGGCUAAGGGAUCCACACCAGCCCUGGCCAAGCAUGCUACCACUAACCUGCUGCUGAGCUCCCUGAAGCAGUCCAAUGCCAGCCACACCAGUGGUACAACAGUCGGCUUCCCUGCCCACCUCUAUCCAGGUGUCUACCCUGCCAUGCGGCUCUCUGUGGUCCUUGAAGCACUGGUCCCACUCAAGACUCCUUGCUUGGGGGAUAAACACAGGGCACAGUCACUGCAGCCGUCACUCGCAAACUCUUCCCUAAAACUGAAGAAAGGUUCGGGGAAUCCACAGUCCAAAGCAUCCAGAAAAAUCACAAGCAAGGGCCUCAAAUGCCUGAAUAAGAAACGUCCUGGGGCUGACCAGCGAGGUGCUGGAACCCAGAGCAGUGGCCUACGCAUGAAAGGGUGCUCCGCCUCGGGCACCAAAACAGUCAAGGCCAAGGCAUCUCGAACACUGACCAAAGCUGCUCGUGCCCAUGCCAGCCUAGCUCAAACCCAGAACAAGACAGUAAGGGCCAGAGCCAAGGCAACAAAGGCCAAGCCCAGGGCAGUCAGAGCCAAAGCCAAGGCCACUGUAGUGAGGAACAAGGCCAAAGCCAAGGUAGUCAAGGCCAAGGCCAAAGCAGCUCGGACCAAGCACAAGGGAAGGCCAAAGGGAUCUGUCCAUACCAGAACUGGAAGGGCAAGCCUGAAAAAUUGCCCUGAGACUGUGGGGAAGAAGAGGAAGAAGGCUGAGGAGGCAAAGGGUCUCCCUCCUAAGAAGAGAGCACGGCUUGUGCUCCGAUCCCCUAAGGCAUGGCUGGGGCCUGGAAAGAAACUUUGCAAGUCCCAGACUAUAAAGGUAGACAGGAAGUGCUCAGAUGAUGAGGUUCGACGGUGGGCCCAGAAGAUCCUCCGUGUGAACCUCUCUCCAGUAGUGUGGCUCCAGCCAUUGCUGCCAUCUUGAUUCCAUCCAUACUCAGCAUCCUGAGCUGUCCGUGUGACCAGCAGCACAGUGUGCCCUGCUCGUGGACUUUGGGUACCUUCCGGACCCCUGUGGUCACCAACCUCCUUUCAGAAACUGAGGAUUUGGGAAGGGUGGGUGCGGGAGGGGUGUUUUCAUGGCUCAGUGCACUGUGACUUGUCCCUCGAGUUAUAUGUCUGAUGUUCCAUCUAUCAUGUUUUAUACCUUUC